AUGACAGACUCAAUUGAUAGUACAAAUCUACGGCCCACUGGCGCCCCGUCAGCUGUCAGCUGUCACUCCCCACUCGGCUGUCCAAUUCUACCUGCCCAGGAAAGAGAUGCUCUAAUAUUGAAGUGCGGAGUUGCCCAGCAGUUGGAGGAGGCGCAGCGCAACAACCCAGCCGACCGCUCCUCCCAGCUCGCUGCGCGGAGGACCCCACAGUCCGGCGGCCCCGCAGCCCGGCUGCCUUGCUCCUCCCUGGAGACCGAAGCCCACAAGGCAAGGGGUUCCCAGGGACCCAGACCAGCCCCUCGCCCCAGCCAGGCCGCCCUUGUCCCGCCUUCCAUUUUGGCUUUGCCUGGGAUCCCUUCCCCGAGCCCUCGGCUCCCUAGGCUCCUCUGGGGUCGCCAAUCACCUGGACUCUGGCGGCGGCAGGCUCAGCAGCUCCCGGCGCGCGGCGGCGUGGUCUUCAUCUCUGCCUUCCCCAGGCGCUCCGGCUACGCUCUCCGCGGCGGCGAUCGACGCGCUCGGUCCCGGGCGCCGAAGCUGGACAGGGGCGGCAGCGGCUGCCGCACUGGCUGCGGGCGCGGAAGGGGCGGGGGCGGGGCAGGAAUCUGGGUCGCGUGGAGCGGAGCAAGCCGGGAUGCACCCGGGGCGGCUGGCGGCGGAGAGGCGACCGAGAGCAGCGGGGGAGGGCGUGCAGAGGCUUCCCUGGGAGCACGAAGCGGGCGGCUACUGAGCAUGCCCAGUCCGGGAGCCGGGGGCGCGGGCGCGGUGCUGGGGGAGGGAGCGCGGCCCCCAGUGCCGGAGUCUGGGGGGAAAGGGUUAAAUCUGCGGACCCCGCUGCUGUGGGAGGUGGCUGGUGUGGCCCAGUUUAAUUGCUCCCGGGUGGACUCGCUGGAGGAUCCCACGACAGGAAGAUGGUGAACCUGAGAUGACCUGUCAAUGGGAUUCCCAGACAGUCCCGGGCAAGGGAGAUAUGAAGGAUACCUCCCUGAAUAAACGUCUUGGAAA